UAAUCAUACAGUUUGACUUGUCGCCACCAGACGAGGCCAAGUGAGAGAAGCGCCAAAUGGUGCUUGUUCGUCUCGCGCUCCUACUGCUCUGUGAUUGGCUGGCAUAGAGCUCGGGUCAAAGUGGGAUUUAUCUGUUCUGCGACAACUUCAACACGGAGUAGACUACGCCAAGUGAUAGCACAGGAGAGUGGAUUAAGAUGAAUCGACCCUCGGGAACUUCCAGUCGUAUUCUUGUGGACAUACCUUGUAAGGUCUGUCAAGAUCACUCGUCAGGAAAGCACUACGGAAUCUAUGCUUGUGAUGGCUGUGCCGGGUUCUUUAAGCGUUCAAUCCGUCGGAACCGCCAAUACAUUUGCAAAUCGAGAGGACAGGGGAAUUGUCCCGUGGAUAAAACUCACCGCAAUCAGUGUCGGGCGUGUCGUCUUAAGAAGUGCAUUGAGGCUGGCAUGAACAAAGACGCCGUUCAGCACGAGCGAGGUCCUCGUAACUCUACAAUCCGCCGCCAGGUUGCAAUGUACUUGAAAGAGACCAAUGAGUUGGGGACGGUAUUAGCUGCUAAUCCGUACCGCUCUCCCUUCCUACCCGCCUACGUUGGCUACGAACACGUCAACGACGGUAUCACUGUUUCAGCCGUCGACCCACCCCCCACCGCUACCCCCGGGGUGAUUAUGCAACCUGUGCCAAAGGUGGGUACAGAUGUAUCUACCAUCAAACCCAAUCAGUAUCCACACGAGAUGAUGCAGGCUUAUUUCUCGAACCCUGAAGCUGUGUGCGAGGCGGCGGCAAGAUUGCUAUUCAUGGGUGUGAAAUGGGCCAAAUCUGUGCCAGCCUUCCUUAGUCUGCCCUUCAGGGACCAGGUGAUUCUCCUGGAGGAGAGCUGGAGGGAACUGUUUGUCCUAGGAGCAGCCCAGUUCCAGAUCCCUCUUGAUGCAGGACCUCUUCUAUCCGCUGCAGGUUUCACAUCCGAUCACACUCAGCCAGACAAAGUCGUCAGCCUCAUGACUGAAAUCCGUGGCCUCCAAGACGUCAUCGCCAAGUUCAAGGCCAUACAAGUGGAUCCAACUGAGUACGCAUGUCUGAAAGGGAUUGUCUUAUUUAAAUCAGUAUUUCCAAGCAAUAACACUGAGAUGAAGACCUUACGAGAGUUCCACACAGUUGCCACACUCCAGGAUCAGGCACAGCUCACCCUUAACCAUUACAUACGAACAGCCUACCCAACACAGCCAUUCCGUUUUGGCAAACUGUUACUGCUGCUCCCAUCUCUCAGGUCCGUUUCGCCUGUCACCAUCGAGGAGGUGUUCUUCAGGAAAACGAUAGGACAAAUUCCCAUAGAACGACUCUUGGUUGACAUGUUUAAAUCAAGUGACUUCUGACUACAUGGUUGUGACUAGUAUUAAAGGUGAAGGUAAUGAGAACUGUGCUGGCUGAACCAUGUAUCCAGACGGGAAGGUCAAGGUCGUGGCCUCGUGAACGCCCAUGCUUCAGAAAAUGCAGGAAGCAAGACCACGUACCUGGGUCAAGGUCAAUGUCAAGGACAUGUCCGCACUCCCAAAGGCGAUCAACCGGCACAACAUGUUGGGUGUUACCCAUGCACCGACAAAAAGGUUGAUGCGCAGACGAAACUGCAUACAGGGGAGAUAACUCAUAUGCCACCAACAUGCGACAUGACCUGCUUAGGCCGAUGCUGUCCCAACAGUGCUGAUCCAAGCAAACUUGGCACAUCCGGGCGAUUGCAAGGUAUCUACAUACCUACAUACAUUUGCUGUGGAUCCGAGCAUAGCGUUGAAUAUGCAAUACCUUAGCUGGGUGCCGUAUUCUAUCAUCUGUGAUUAUUGUUGCAAUAGACUUUAUUAAUUCUGAUGCAACGUUGAAGCUACCUCUGUAUUCUAAUUAGUGUUGUGACGUUAUAGUUGUUUCAUACAGAGAAUUGUUAACCUUGAAAGAUCUGAUACACUUUGUAGAUAGAUGUGAAGCAGGAAUCUCCUAUUUCAAAUAUUUCCUUUUUAUAAUAUGUGUUGGAUCUGAUGUAUUUUAUCCUCAGCCCUCGAGGCUCUAAAGAUAUAGUCCAUGCACCAGCACACUCAACAGCCGGUACUUCUUUCGUCUCUAGCAUGCUAUUCUUAACUUAUAGUUCAAUAUAGUGUUACGAGUUCGUGUACACACAUUUAACAGGCUUGUCACCCUUGUCGUUUGAAUUUAGCGAACAUUACCUCUCGGGUAAUCGGUAGUUGCUCACUGUCGGAUUGUGUUGCGCGAGUUUGUAAGGAUUAUCUUUCUUCGGCGGCGAUCUCGACACCUCUGACACAAUAUCGCCAGGGAAAAGCUGUCGACACCUUUCACCGUUCGGUUUGGGAAGCGUCCGGUUUCAUUGUCCCCUGAGUGGUUGUAUGCUUUCCUGGCAUUGGGCGGGUACCUGACCCCCUUGUGCGUGCCGGGAAAGGGGCCACGCUGGACUUGUAACACCGCUCUGAAACUCAAUCUUUAUCCUGAAACCAGAGACCCCCGUGACCAUGACAAAAAGUCAAUUUUUCCUUUGAUAUCCUUUACCGACGGAACGAAGAUCGUGUAGGAAUCUUAAUACAUACGGUGACUUGUGUAAUGCAGACUGUUCUAGAACAAUUUGAACUCAAAUCACAAAGAAAAGAUUUCCCUCAAAGCUAAUACCAGGCCCUUAUCGGGGGAAUACAAAUGAAAGGCAUAUAUCGCAUAGCCUGUAAUGCCCGUUUGCUUGCUCACCUGGUGGGACACAUUCUAGUGUGCAAUUCUUACGUUUACCCUAACACCAGAGACAUUGACGACUGAACUGUUAACUCCUAAUGCUCUGAUUGUUCUCAAACACAUGUUGACUGAGGCCAAGUGCAUCAUUUAGUGCUAGAAAUAAACAAACAUUGGUCCAUUUCCUCAGAACCUUUAAAAACACUUACAAAUGAAAAAUGAUAAAGGGAUCAACCAUUUUUUAAUAUUGUGGGGCUGGGAUUUCUUUUUGAGGGAGUUUGUUUUGUCUGUCACUGUUUCCAUACAUACACAUUUUUCUCUGAAAGAAACCGCGAAACUUUGUUUUUUAAAACUCGUCUUUAUAUUUAAACACCGAGGAUGGCCAGUGAACGAUUGAAAACUUUAUGUAAAGCCUGAGAUAUAUGUUUUACUGCAGGAUGAGGAAAGUAGUAUUUUAAAAGAAAUCUCACCCCACAGCCCAACUCCAACGAAUAAUAUCAAUUGGUCAAACCCAACCUAUUUUUCUAUGAACUUUUAUUCAACAUCUUUAUCUGUCCUACAGUCUAUAUCGAAUCUUUGAAGUAGUUGUUGAUUUGUUGGUGCAAAAAGUAAAAGUAUAUUAGUGCUGAGUUUUUAUUUUUAUAUUUGAUUUGUGCUUCCAUAUCUUCAGUGUUUAUCCUGUACAUUUAUCACUGUAAAACGGAUUGUUAUGUUUAUUUAUUAGCUUUAUCAACACCAUUACGAGGAAUGCCAUGUCCAUUUGAUAAAUAAAAUGUUAUUUCAAACCCUUUCUAUAUAUUUCCUUUAUGAAUCUCGGUUUGUAUCAUAUCCAGUCUAUAAAGUAAUUUAUUCAUUAGGUAAGUCCUAUUUUGGAAACCCCUAUUUUGUCUGUGGACUUCCUAUGCAAUAUGCAACAGAACGCUUGAGUAAAUGUAACUUAUCGAUAAAUUUACAAUUCUUGAAAUGCGUUUCAUUACACAAGACGAACGUAAUGACAAGAUUUAUCGUUGUAAGAUACUUCAACUUGAAGUAGUUUAUCAACUUGAGAUUAUAUUUUACUGCUUCUAUAUAAUCUUAAAUGCAAAACGUUCAAUUUAAUUUUGUUAAACUUUAUUAACGUUGAGAGCAACUUCCAUAAAAUAACUGAAUAAAACAAUGACGGACAGCCUCGUUCUGCCUUAUAGCAAUGUUUUAGUGACAGGCCCUCUGCUCUAUCUCUUCUCUUUCACAAUGUAUGGAAAUGUUUACUCCACUUCCUAUUGAGUGCAAUACAUUUCUUCACGCACACGUCAGUGUCUCUGACUCAGCACCAUUACAGAUGUUUCAUUUUGAUGUAUGAUGUAAUAAAUGAUGGAUAUACCUUA